UGUGGACAUUGUGCCUCGGUUACACGAUAAGCUCACACGGAGGAUAGUAAAGCAGUGCUGCCAGGGAAGAGACACGUAUCAGCUGACCAAAGUAUUACUGCAGCUGGUAGCGAGGCCGCUUCAGUCGGCUUACGGCGAGUCAGCGAGUAGUCGGGCUUGUGCAGGGAAGGAAAGACGCGGCGCUGGCAGACUGCUCCGCUGAGGUGGAGCGAUGUGGCCGACCCCUGUCCUGGUCGUCGUGUGCGCCGCCUGCUGGCUGCUGUGGAGGUACAGCCGCUUCUGGCGCGCGCGCCUGCCCUUCAUCCCUCCCUGGCCCGUGGUGGGCAACAUGGGUGCCGUCGCCCUCGGGCAGACGCCGUUCCACCACCUGGCCGCCCGCUUCUACCGCAGGCUGUCCCCCCACCGCUGCGGGGGCCUCUUCACCUUCACCACGCCCGUCCUCCUGGCCAGGGACCCACAGCUGAUUGGACUGCUCUUCGCCAAAGAGUUCGACCACUUCACUGACCGACAAGAGCUCAUCCCGGAGACUGCCGAUCCGCUUUUUGGGAAAAGCCUCUUUGGUCUCCAAGGACAACGAUGGAGAGACAUGCGUCGCAUCCUAACUCCGGCUUUUACACCAAACAAGAUGCGCAACAUGGUGCCCUUCAUUCAAGAAAUUGGACGUCAGAUGAGGGACUACCUAGCAAAUGAAAUGAAAGAAGGUGAAAGCAUCACAGUUGAAGCAAAAGAUUUCUUUUCGAGGAUUAGUAAUGAUGUAAUUGCAUCGACUGCAUUUGGUGUCCGGAUUAACUCGCUGGUGGAUAGAAAUAAUGAUUUCUAUUCUAUGGGAAAGGAGGUUACUGAUUUUGGACCACGAAAAAGUUUCAUUAUAUUCGGCUAUCUUCUCUUCCCAAAGCUAAUGGAGGCACUCGGCAUCAAGUUCAUGAGAGAUAAGUGCUACAAGUUCUUCACUUCUUUGAUCAUGGAGGCAAUUGCUCAACGGGAGAGGCAGCGUGUGUUACGUCAUGACAUGGUGCACCUGUUGAUGCAAGCUUCCAAAGGCGAACUCCAAGACACAUCUGAUGACAGCAGCAACCAGAAGUCUUCUACUCUACAGGAUAUAGACCUUGCUGCACAAGCAAUGAUUUUCGUGUUUGGUGGUUCUGAUACAAUUUCAAAUCUUAUGAGCUUCACAGCAUAUCUAUUAGCAAAGCAUCAAGAGGUGCAGCAAAAACUUCACCAAGAAAUAGAUGAGCUUCUGCAUGAAAAACACGAUAAAGGUUUCACAUAUGAGGAUGUUGCAGCUUGCAAGUAUUUGGAUAUGGUAAUAUCAGAGUCCCUUCGCCUGUAUCCACCAUUUGUAGUGAUGGCUCGUAAGUGUGUGAAAGCAUACAAAGUCCCUGAGUCAGAGACAGGGGAGCCAGCCAUUAAUGUGAAUCCUGGUGAUAUUCUGUGGUUCCCAAUAUUUGGACUGCAUGCUGAUCCUGAACUGUUCCCAAAUCCAGAAAUGUUCGAUCCAGAACGUUUCAGUGACGAUAGAAAGAAACUUAUUAAACCAUAUUCGUAUAUUCCAUUUGGAGUUGGACCAAGAUUCUGCAUCGCUAAUCGUUUUGCACUGAUGGAGGCCAAAGUGCUGUUGAUCUAUCUAUUAUCACAGUUCACUAUUGAGCCAUCAGACCGGACACCCAGUCCACUUAAAUUCACAGCUACUGGUUUCAGUCUAAUGGUUGAUGGUGGUGUUUGGUUGAGUAUAAAACCACAAAAUUAAGAAAAUAUAUACAGCUCAUGCUGAAUAUGUGCUACAGAACUUAUGGGGGGAAAAGCCUGAAGAAUACGUACAAGAGGUAUUCUAACCUCCAACUAUUUCCUAUAAUAUAUAAUUAAUUCCUAUAUCUAUUUUUACUGGCAUUACAAAGUCAUGACAGGAUGACUAAGUCAAGAUCAAGCUAAAACUUUUCAUUUGAUCAGAAGAUUAGAGUUUUUCAUGUGUUCACUACUGUGUUGCGAGGGUCAAUAGCAUCCAAAACUAUAGUCUAGGACCAUCCCUUGUGCUGCACUCACCCACAAGGUACAUAUGUGGUUUCCUUCUCUGAAAACCUUCACCGUUGUGGUUACAGUUUCAGUUUUGUGAAAUUGACGAUUCGUGGACAAUGGCAGGUUCAUACACUAUGGAGAACUGAAUUUACGGCAAGUACCAAUGUGAAUAUGUAUUGUUUGAUGGUUCGUUAACAUUGCAGAAUAUUCCACGAAUUUGAUAUUAAAUGGGGAUCUGAUUUCUAAUCUAAACAGUUUAUGACUGGUAUGUUUGGUUGUUAAAUCACUGCUCUGAAAAUGAUACAGUGUGAGUAAAUGGUACGAGGGCCAAGGACACCUUCACACCUUUAUUCCACAGACUGGCAACAAGUCAGGGGUCACAGCACCCUAAUAACAUACUGCCCUGGCAUAGUUGUGAAGCUGACAACUGCCUUCCAUGAGACAUGUGUCAUAGUAUAAAACUCAAGGUUUCCCAAGGAGACUUUACAUUUACUAGAUAACAUAAUUACUCACCAUUCUAAUACAUAGGUGCCUGUAGGCCAUGCCAGCUUGCACUUCUUGUUUUAUGAAUGUAGAUGAGCAGCUAUAACACCACAGUUUACCAGAGAUUUUGUCAGAAAUGUGGGAGAUACUCUUCUAGCACAAGAAAGAGUGGAUUGAAUAUGGUUACAAGGCCAAAAUUUUAAGAACAUUUAAUACCCUUACACUGUUUUAAUUUAUGAAUCUCAUAAUGAACAUAAAAAUGGUCAUCCAGUUCCUACUGAGACAACCACCUGCUGCUAAAGAUAUCCUCAUCAUGACCUACAGAUGUCAUGUGACUAGGACCUCCCACAGGGUAGACCGUUCACCGUGUGCAAGUCUUUCGAUUUGCUGCCACUUUGGUGACUUGCUGGUCAGUGGGGAUGAAAUGAUCAUGAUUAGGACAACACAACACCCAGUGCCUGAGUGGAGAAAAUCUCUUACCCAGCCAGAAAUCGAACCCAGGCCCUUAGGAUUGACAUUGUGUCACACUGACCACUCAGCUACUGGGGGCUACAGAUCACGUGGAGUUAUGUUUAGUACUGAACAGCUCAUAAUUGAUGAGUGGCAGCUUCCUUGAAGUAUACGAAAAUAUUAGUUAAUGCAGAUGAGUGGGAAAAACAAUCCUGUAAUGUUUGAGCACAGUAGUACUGAGGUGCUUCUUGACAUAGUUGUUGAUGAGUCUUUCAGGCUGUGUGGCCAUGGCCGAAGAAACUUUUCAGUUCCUGACAUUUCCUUCAGAGCUGUGCUGAACAAAACAGUUGAUGAUUACUGUUUUUCCAGAGCUGCACUGGACAAAAUGUCAGGAACCAAAAAGUUUUUUCAGCCACAGCCAUACAGCCUGGAGAUUCAGCAACAACUAUGACAUUGUGUUGUGAAAGCCUUCUUGACAUAGUUGCAUUGGUUAAAUAUCUAGGUCCAAUGUUUCAUGGUAUCAUGAAAUGGAACAAACACAUAAAGUUAGUAGUAGGGAACAUAAAUAGUUGACUUUGCCAACUUCGGCAGAAUUCUAGGAAAACAUAGCACAUAUAUAAAGGAGACGCAGUAUACAAAACUAGUGUGAGUCUUUCUUGAGUAUUGUUCAAGUGUGUAGGAUCAGCAUCAGGUCAGAUUAAAGAACAUCAAAACAGUUCAAAGGCAUGCUGCUAGAUUUGAUACUGGUAGGUUCAGUCAAAAUUCGAGAUGUUUCAUGAUUUCAAAAGGGACUCCUCUGAGGAAAGACAAAGUUCGCUUUUGCAAAAUACUGCUGAGAUUACUAACAAAACUGACAUCAGCAGCCCACUGCAGAUCAGGUCUGCUGCUCCCAACAUAUAUUUUGUGUAAGGACCAUGAAGACAAGAUAAGAGAAAUUAGACCUGACACAGAAGCAUAUAGGAAAUCAUUUUCCCCAUACUCCAUUUGCGAACAAGAAAGUGAAUGACUAUAAGUGGUACAAGGUAGUCCCUGCCAUGGAGUGUAUUGCAUAGUAUGUACACAGAUGUAGAUUGAUUAGACAUUUUGUGUAUUAAAUGCAAGUUUCCACAAAUUGAUUGAUUCAAUUAGUUUAAGGAAUAGACCUCGCAGCUAUAGUCUACUCCACGGGCUGCCUACAGCAAUCAUGGUACUAUAUUUCAUGGACAGCCAUCCCUCUGAUCUGGUACAUUGCUCAAACCUUACAUCCCAAAGUACGGUAAAAAAAUUUCUGGCAGUUACACCAUGUUUCCAUAUGUUACCUCCAAGGGAUAUCAAUGAAACCCAUUUAAAUAUGAGCAUAGGUAUCUUCAGUCUGAAGAUAAGGUGGUGGUAUUUUCCUGCUAGCUGUCAGUAUGGUGUCAAAUUGGUUUCUUUUCUGAGAUUCAUUCCUCUUUGAAGUUCAGAAGAAUCCUUACUACAGGCUGGAGUGUUCGGCAGUUACAAGGCAAAUUGAUUACAUCCAAGUGGUUUUGUUUGUAGGAGCUUCCCAACCUCACUUGUUGAACGUUUGCCUGUUAGUGAUGUUCCUGGGUGGAUCUACUCUAAGCGCUCUGGUAUUCCAUAUGAGGAGUGUAUGUCUUUGCCAAUGGAAAGCAUAGGCUUAAUGAUAUGUUCAUUUAAGUAUUUCAACAGUAUGAGAAAAUGACUCUAAUUUCUAACAUAGAAUUGUCUAAAUCAGCUACAAAUUGCAAUGAAGCUGACUAAGGUAUUUUUGAAUAUGAACUCUAAUGGCAAACAGAACACAUGACGUCUGUUAAUUUACUUUUACAUUCAUUGUUCCCACUCUUGAAGUGUUUAAAUGGACGCAUCUUGGAGCAGAAAGAGGAGGACAGAGCAAACGUUUAUUUGAUGUUUCCUCUUCAGAAUGAUUCUUACUUUCACUGGUUAACAUACAUCUGUUUCAUCUGAGGACACUCUAUUUUCAAAGUCAUAGCAUCAUUUGAAGAUUAUUAGAAAA